CACCUUCAAUUUGUCAUUUGAGUUGUAAAUAACUGAGCAAAUUAAGCAAAACUCUUUGAAAUUAUGGCCAACAGCCGGGAAUCAUUUACAAGCGCUCAAACCCCAACGGAUGAUGGCCAGUUGUCUGAAGUCAACGCGAACAAUCCGAACGCUUUAAGGGAACUGCUGCAGCUGCGUCUGCAGGAAUGCGGCUGGUAUGAUUCAAUUCGAAAGAUGAUACGCAACAUUCUAAUCAAGCGAGGUGCCAAAAAUGUUACCUAUGAAGAGAUCCACGCCGAGAUAGUGCCCAAGGCACGCGCUUUGGUCCCAGAGGAGGUGCGCAAGGAGCUGCAGUUGAUCGUGCGCGACGCCUUGGAGUCGACAAAGCGUUAACUAGAUAUCUGCGCAUAUGUCUAUAUAUGUCUAGCAAAUACAAAUAUAUGUAAACACAUUAUAUGU